GGCUGACACUGCGUCCUAUGAAGUAGUCCUCAUGUUCCAAACAAUAGUGAAUGUCUCUAAGUUAAUAAUUGGUUUACUGCAUAAGCAUUCUCGAUUUUUGUUAAAUUUAUUUUUAAUUUCUUUGGUCCUGUGUUUUUGUUUACAUCCAUUGCGCUUUGCAUCUCACUAUAACUACAUUUGUCCUGAAAAAAUUCCAUUUGAAUUGGAGCCAGCUUACUUUCCAAAAAAAAAUGCAUGCAUGAUUGUAGUUGCAACUCAAGCUCAUCUUCAGCUCUUUUAUCCUGAUAAAAAGCCCCUAGAAGAGUCUCAGUUUCUUGCGUACCGACUGAGCAUAUUACCUGGUGGACAGUGGCGGCCACAGCGUUGUCAACCGCUAUUCAAUGUUGCCAUAAUACUACCAUACAGAAAUCGUCAAAUCCAGUUACUAAUUUUUUUAAACUAUAUACAUCCAUUUCUACAGUUACAAAAUCUGGACUAUAGAAUAUUUGUUGUAGAACAAACUUCUGAUAAAGAAUUCAAUAGAGCAAAGUUGUUUAAUGUAGGUUUUGUCGAGGCAAGUAAAACAAGCAACUUUCAUUGCUUUAUAUUUCAAGAUAUCGACCUUAUACCACAGAAUUUGAGAAAUAUUUAUGCAUGCACUAAGCUACCAAGGCAUAUGAGUUCAAGUGUCAAUACGUUCAGAUAUAAUCUCCCAUACACUGGAUUAUUUGGAGGAGCAAUUGCGAUUACUAAACAUCUUUUUCUACAAGUAAAUGGAUUUUCCAAUGUUUACUUUGGUUGGGGAGCAGAAGAUGAUGACUUUUAUAAUAGAUUACAAAGUAAAGGUUUACCUGUGACAAGAUUUAGCCCUGAAAUUUCCCGAUACUUUAUGUUAAGUCAUAGAAAAGAAUCUCCUAGCAUAACAAGAUUCACACAUUUAGAGGAAGCAUCAAAAAGAUUUAAUACAGAUGGAAUUAGUAAUCUUCAGUAUAGAAUUAUCAGUCACCAACUACAACCAUUAUACUCUUGGAUAUUAGUCAAGAUUUGAAGAAAUUGUUCAUAACAACUGCUUAUUUGUAGUAAAAUUUCCACUUCUUGUAGGUGCUUAAAACUUGAAAAUAUUGAGUUAAAUACACAGCUUA